AUGUCUUCCAAUGAGCCUGUGUUUGUCUUCAACGGCACGACGUACCUCGGCGGAGGGUCGAACGCCAACUGCACAAUCUCAGUGUGUCCCGUCGAGUUGAGCAUUUAUGGCUACCGUCCCUCUUUACCGUUGAGCAUCUCGCUCAUUGCCCUCUACGGCGUCUGUGGAUUCGUUCAGAUUGCCCUGGGCUGGCGCUACAAGACCUGGGGGUACAUGAGUGCCAUGCUCUUGGGAUGCAUCGACGAGAUCCUGGGCUACGUCGGUCGGAUCCUAAUGUACAAAAACCCAUGGAAUCAUGGUGGCUUCAUCAUGCAGAUUGUUCUCAUCACCAUUGGACCCGUCUUCUUCUCAGCUGCUAUAUAUGUGAUGUUAUCCCAAAUUGUAACAUACAUCUCUCCCAAACAUUCACGCUUCGACCCCCGGCUAUUCUACUACAUUUUCAUCCCGUGCGACAUUGUCAGCUUGAUCCUCCAGGCCAUCGGGGGCGCCAUGUCGUCGACCUCGGACGGAUCGUCGAGCGCGGGCGUCAACAUUGCCCUCGCCGGUCUCGCGUUCCAGGUCGCGACGCUGGUCGCCUUCGUCGCCAUGACCGUCGACUACUUUGUCCGGAGCCGGGAGGUGUGGAGGUCGGCGCAUCUCCCGCUCAAGUUCAAGGUGUUUGUGUCGUUCCUGGCCCUCGCGACGCUGUUGAUCUUGAUUCGAUGCUGCUACCGGGUCUACGAGUUGAACGAGGGGUAUACUCGCCACAGCGGCGCGUUGAGAGAUCAGACUCUGUUCAUUGCUCUCGAGGCUGCAAUGGUCAUCGCCGCCGCGUAUGCUCUCGUCAUCGGCCACCCUGGUCAAGUGUUCUAUUCCGGACCCCGACGUUUGGCCGGUACUGGAGACGACACUACCAAGGAGUAG